GACAGUUGGCGGCGAUCUCCCCUGUUUUUCUGCUCAUCUGCGCUGAGUGGCUGAGUGCAUGUUAAAAAUAGGGUGUUUUUUGCAUGAAAAUGCGUAAAUAAUUGCAUGAAGUGUCCAAUUUAAUUGCUAAUUGAUUGUGUAGGGACAAUUCCAAGUACCUCUGGCAAGGACAGUCGCAAUUUCCGACGCAGAAAGGGUGACAAAGAUUUUCUUUGUGAAGUGUAGAAAACGUCCCAGAAAAUCUUCUCAGCUGUCCUCUUGUGGAUUGAUUUAGUGAUUUCCAAGAGCAGCAAUGUCCCUGCGAGUACUGAAGAAACUCCACGGUGAGGAAGAUCUAGAGGUGAAGCUGGCUGAUGAUCAGCUGUCUGACGUGGACACGGAGAUAGCAGGGGGAGGCGCCAAGAAGAAGCAACUCAAUAUCAAUCGAUACGAUUUGCUCAACCAACAAUCACCAUCAGAGAGUGAAGUUAAGGAGGAUGACAACGAGACGGAACACGCUUCGGCAGCCAGCAAUGCUCAUGCCUGUGAACAGGCCAAAAAGAAGAAAAAACGCAAGAAAAGGAAGGCAGGGAAGCAGUCUAGUGCUCACAGGAGGAGCUCCGAGGACAAUGCUGAUGUUGAUGUGAUCACGAAGACUGUUCGUGAAGUCGAUAAACUCUUCGGCGAAUCGUACGAGCUACCGGCAUCUCCGGUGGCCAAAAACACUGUGGGAUGUGAAUUAGCUGGCAAAUCCUUGUUGUCGGUUCAGCAUAAGAACCUUCAUCCUUCGUAUGAGUUGAAGAGAAUGUUUGGCAGCCGAGUAGUUCAGGCUGAGCAGGCCAAACGUCGCAAUACUCGUGGCCAGCGUCCCCUAAAGUCCACAUGGCUGGUGAAUGUGAAGGAAAAUUGGCCACCUGUGGGCAAAACGGGCAUUUCAAUGAAAGUUGUGUCAGCUCCUGAAACACCGGGAACGUCGAAAGAACCCGAACGGAAUGUCAACUAUUUCGCUUUUGAGCACAGUCAGUCAUAUCGGCAGCUGCAGAAUAAAUUUUUGGCUGCUGUGGAGAGCAUGGAUUCCGACAACAUCAUCCAGAUCAUCAAUCAGCAGCCCUAUCACGUUGAUUCUCUGAUCCAACUCAGUGAACUCUGCAAAAUGUCCGAAGACAAUGCUAUGGCGUCAGAUCUCAUUGAACAUGCUAUCUUUGCACUGGAAUCCUCCUUUCACAUUCUCUUUAGCAUCACAUCCGGAAACUGUCGCUUGGACUAUCGUCGUCAGGAGAAUCGGGCGUUUUUCAUUGUCCUCUUCAAGCAUGCCCAGUAUCUCGAGGGUCGUGCCUGCUCGCGUACUGCUCUUGAAGUGUCCAAGCUUCUGCUCUCACUCGAUCCAAUUAAUGAUCCUCUGGCUGUCAUCCUUGUUAUCGACUACUAUGCCAUCCGGGCCAAGCAGUACGAAUGGCUAGUGGAGCUGUACCUUCAAUGGGAGAAGUCAAAUAAUCUCUCCCAACUUCCCAACAUGGCCUAUUCCUUCGCCCUGGCACUUUUCCUCCUUAAUACGGAAAAUGACUGUGUCAGUGCUGAUACUUCCCUCCAGUAUGCCCUGCUCAUGUUUCCCGGAGUUUUGAGGCUUCUUCUCGAUGCCCUAUCUAUCCAGGUGGACUCGAGGGCUAAUUCUCACAGCUACUUUGGACCCUCGGCUUAUAGCAGCCAACCUCCGGCUCUGCAGCAACUGACAUCGCUCUACGUUUGUCGCUCGAAGAUCAUCUGGCGCGAUCCUGAGAUCCUGCCGUGGCUGGAGCGGAAUGUCAAUGCUGUGUUGGAUCGGGUAGAUGCUAAGCAUGAACUGGUGGAGGAAUUCGCUCUCAAGAGAUCCCAGCGCUACGUGAGUCCACCUCGAGCCAUUUUGCGUCACAUUGUACUGUCGGAUUACAAAGAGAAAGUUCCCCUGGCCCCUUUUAUUUCCAAGGAAACCGAUCCCAUUCUCAUGUACGAUCCCCUGCCCCCACUCGAUUCCAUCAACAUCUACACGCGUCCCAAUUUGUCGCCUGCGAAACGUGUACUGAUGUUGCAGAAUUCCUCGCCGCUCUCGAUGUUUUUCCAGAGUCUCCUGCCCAGUUUUUCGGUCAAUCAGCCGGCGCCGGCGGACAAUAGGGCGGCGGCAAUGGCCGGUGUUGUUGAAGCUCAGGCACCGCCUGAAGAAGCUGAAGAUGGAGCUGCAGGAUUUCAGUCUUAUGCGGAUUUCCGCACUUCUCUAAAUUCCGUUGUGGAUGCUCUUAGGGAUUUCCUGACCAAUAUUCGUGUCCCCGAACGCCCCAAUGAUGCCGAUGUUGAUGAGAAUGAGAGUACUGAAGAUGAAGCUAAUGACUACUUGACUUAGAGGACAUAACUUUGCAAGGACGUUUUUUUUUCUUUCGAUGUAAGUUUCUCUUGUGAUUUUUUUUUUCUACUUUAUAAUCCCCCACAGAAGACCUCAGUGUCCCCAAUCCAUCAACGUCUAAAGAUAUUCUUAGUAGAAAGUGAUUUUGUUUUUUUAAAAGAGCUUUUCUAGGCUUUUUGUAGACUUUUCUAGAGAUUCAGAUCAUUGAACAAAAAUUCAAUUUUUUUUUUACAAUAAAUUUUCCAAUCAAGUCAAUAUUUCCCAGUAAAACUCCUUUGGUGUCUUUUUUGUAAAAAGAAGGUCGCAAUUUUUAGCGCGCAUCCCUAUAGCCAAACCAUCCGCGAAGGUGAACGUUAGUGGACAAAUCGCAGAUAUUCCGCGGAAUUAUCCUCAGCGAAGUUUAUGGGAAGAGAAAUUUUCCACAUUUUUAAAGGGCACGAAUUUGCUGAACAAUUUACUCCGUGGAAAAUUCAAAGGAGCACAGCAGACAUCUCCGUGGAAGUUCUGUGGAACUUUCAAAUAAAGUGUUUGGCUAUAGGGUAAUUAAAAUAAAAAAAAAAUUGUACAAUUAAAGGACUUUCAAAAAGAAAGAAAUCAAUUAAAGAAAUAAUUAUUGCUCUUAUUAGAUUUUUUCUUGUGGAUAAAAUAAAAUAAUAUUGCAUUUAAGAUAAAUGAAAAAAGGAUAUUUAAGCAGAAAAAAAGUUCUUCAUGUAUUGUUUACAUAUAAAAAAAUUAAAAAAAAAGAAUAAAAGAUUAAAAAAAAUCAUACAAUUAUCCAUUAAACAGUAAGAAAAAAAAAGAAUAAUCUUUAUAAAUGGAAAAACGGGAAGUAGAGUGACGAAAAGAAUAUUAAAUGUGUAAAAUUUUAAAUUCCAAAAAAA